AUGACCUCCCUCAGGAAACUGAAGAAACAGUCCUCUGGGUUUCUCGUCAACAACAACUGCGUCUUUGGUGUCGAGUUCAUCAAAGUCACCACUUCGAAAGCCAACAAGACGUCAGAAACGCUGUUUGUUCAAAAGACGAGCAUCUCCAACGCGCCCAAAACUUACACUUGGGACAUUGAGGACUUCUUUGCACUGAAGAACCCCGACUAUUCUCCGGAGUUCGAAGUCGGCGGAUACAAAUGGUAUAUCAGUAUGUAUCCAUCUCGUGAAGGGAACCAUCUCUCCUUGCAUCUGAACCUGAAAAAGACCAAUGAUCUCCCCAAUGACACUGGAAACCUUGUAGAACUCACUUUAUCCAUCAAAAAGAAGGAAGCUGACAAUCGCCGGAAAGGAACAGGUCGGUGCCAGUUCUCACGGAAGGCUCGUAGCUGGGGAUGGAGUAAGUUCAUUUCGCUGGAGGAUUUCAAGGACUCGUCAAAUGGUUAUCUCGUCAAAACUAAGUGCUGCGUUGAAGUCGAGGUUGCAAUCAUCGGUUCCUCUGGGCAGGAAUCUGGCUGA